AUGGCUCCACGUAAGCAUGUUACAUUAAAAUUACAGGAUAAGUUAGAAGUAAUAAAGUUAAUUAAUAAGGGGACCAGCUACAGUGCCAUCUCAAGACAAUUUGGUAUAGGUGUAUCUACCAUCAGUGAUAUUAAAAAGAACAAGGAAAAAUUAGAGAAGUUUGUCAGUGAAACGGAAAACGGUCCAGGUAAGCGUAAAACGUUAAAACAACCAGAGAAUCCAAAUGUUGAGAGUGCAGUUUUCAUGUGGUUUAUUCAACAAAGACGUUUACACGUUCCAGUGAGUGGUGAAAUGCUUUGUGAAAAAGCACGAUCUUUUCACCGCCAAUUCUCAAAAAAUAACCAUACUUUUAAUGCGUGCAAAGGUUGGUUAGACAACUUUAAUAAGCGUCAUGGGAUAAGGCGUCUCAAAAUUUCCGGUGAAAAACUUUCGAGUAAAGAGGACUCCAUCAAACCGUUACAAGAAGAAUUUGAACAACUUGUCAUACAAAAAAAAUUUAAAGCAGAACAAAUUUACAAUGCUGACGAAUCUGGAUUAUUUUGGCGAAUGUUGCCUGACCACACUUUAGUGUCAUCUACAGAAAAGGCCGCUCCCGGUAGAAAAAUUAUGAAAGAAAGAGUCACUUUUAUGCCUUGCGCAAAUGCGACGGGCAACCAUAAACUUCGUUUACUUGUUGUAGGAAAAGCUCACAAGCCUCGUGCAUUUAAAUCGGUUACACUUCCUGUGUACUACCGAGGGCAGAAGAAUGCGUGGGUUACAAGAGAUUUAUUUUUAGAUUGGUUCAACACUGAAUUUGUUCCUAGCGUUCGUCGUCAUCUUUCUUCAAUUAAUUUUCCUAUGGAAGCUGUAUUGCUAUUGGAUAACUGCCCAGGUCACCCAUCUGUAGAAGAACUUCGUAGUGAAGAUGGCAAAAUUUUUGCGAUGUUUCUUCCACCAAAUACAACUGCUCGUAUUCAACCAAUGGAUCAGAAUGUUAUCCAAAAUAUAAAAUUGAAUUACCGAAAAACUUUACUUACGAACAUUUUGGCGGACGAAGAAAACGGAAAUGACUUGGUGGUAGCUUUGAAAAAAAUCUUAAAGAUGUUGUUUUUAACUUGGCUAACUGUUGGUUAUCUGUCUCGUCACAUCUGA